UUAUAGCACUUGACGUUGUGUCUAGGUUAAUUUCAGUGUGUUGAAGACACUUUUAGAGAGGAAGACAUGGUGUUGUGAAGUGACAGUGUGUUAGAAAAUAUUCAGUGUACCAAGAUGUUAACAGUAGAGAUUUUCAGACAAUGAUCAAGACAGAUUAUUCAGUGAAGUUUGGAAGAAAUACAGCUCUGAAAAAACUUUUAUCCCAGCUCAACGUCAUUCUUCAAUAGUGCACGUCAUUUUGGAUGUUUUAUACACUUAUUGAUUAUUAGUGGUUAUAUUUUAGUUUUUUCUUGUUAAUUGCAAUCGAGAUUUUAAAAUCCUCAUUGACGACAUAUUCUAUUUUCUCUCAUUUUUUUUAUUCACUGACGUUUACAUUUUAUUCGUGUACGGAUUUUUUUGUGUGUUUGAUUUAUAAGAAACCCACAAGUCUUUCAUUGGUGUGACUUCUUGUAAUGGCCAUGGUAAACAGUUUGUUAGCAAUCGGAAGUAACGUGAAGGACUCGCGCUGGCUGACAUUAGAAGUCUGCCGAGAGUACCAGCGCAAUAAAUGCACACGCACGGACACAGAGUGUAAAUUUGCACAUCCCCCGCCUCAUGUGGAAGUUCAAAAUGGCCGUGUGACGGCAUGCUUCGACUCCAUCAAGGGGAAGUGUCAGAGGAAAGACCCUCCUUGUAAAUAUCUCCACCCCCCACAACAUCUACGAGAACAGCUGUUACAGAAUGGUCGAAAUAACCUAAUAUUAAAAAAUUUACAAAUGCAAGCUGCUGCAGCCCAGAAUUUACUACCGUCAGCGGGAAUUGUGCCCGGGAUGCUGCCCACCAUUGCCUCACCAACCAGUAAGGGAUCUUUGGCUGCCUUGCCCGCCCUCUACCCUACAGGGCAGCUGCCCACCGUCAUGAUACCAGACAGAGCUUACGGAUGGUCUGGGGGGGUCCUCACAAAUGGACACCCAUAUCUUGCCGGAUCCGUUCCCAAUCCAACAUCCAUCUCCUAUAAUCCAUACGUAGGGAUGCAGACGGUAUCCGUGACUCCGCCCUCCGUCAGUGAGUCCGCCUCCCAGCCAAUCUCUGGUGUUAUCCAGGCUGCAACUUCUAUAGCCCAGAAUAAAAUUACCCGGCCAGACAGAUUAGAGGUAUGUCGAGAGUUUCAGAGAGGGUCUUGCACGCGACAGCCAAGCGAAUGUCGCUAUGCACACCCCCCAGAUAAUGUAACAGUCGAGACGUGCGAGAACCAGGUUACAGUUUGUAUGGACUUUAUUAAGGGGAAGUGUACACGAGAUUCGUGUAAAUAUUUCCACCCACCCCCUCACUUACAGGCCCAGAUCAAAGCAGCACAACAAAGAGCUAACUCCUCUGCAGCACAAGCUCUGCCGCAAGUGGUAGAGGUCAUUACGAGCAAGAAGCGACCUCGAGAAAUCGCUGAUGAUCUAGUACUGCAAAGCCCAGUGUCUCAAGUGAUUCCGUAUAAGCGUGUUGCCGUGGCAGAUGGGAAAACUGGGCUGCCAAUGUACCAACCUGGAGUUAAUCCAUUGAUGUUCCAGCAACAUAUGGCCAUGCCGUUCCAGCAAGGGGGAUUUAUCCCUGCCAAUGUAGCAUUCAAAAGUGCACCACAAACCACAGUUUACCCCAGCGGCUCACCUUCUCCGGCCCUGUCUUUACAGCAGCAAUACGUUCCUGUGUCAAUGCCAUUGGUUCUUUCCCCUGCCGUGCCUGAUGCCGUGGUGACGGCCCCUGCUGCCGCCAGUUUGAUUCCUACUAACGCUCAAAACGUCAAUUAUUUUGACUCCAACCAGCAGUUGCUGGACACCCUCCCAGUGUGCCUAGAUUUUAAGAUGGGGCGGUGUAAUCGGCCAUUGUGCGACAAAGUGCACAUCCUACAAGACUAUGUUGAAGUGACGGAUGGACGCGUUGCCGUGUGUCGUGAUGCAGUUCGAGGAAAGUGCUCACGCCCCAUGUGCAAAUAUUAUCACAUCCCUGUCAACCUUCCACCCUCAAAGUGACGGGGAAUGCCAAACAAUAUCAUACACCAAGCAAUGGGAGUCUACUCUUAUGAGAACACUAAGUACACCACACAAACAUUUAUUUCCAAUUUCUUUAAAGACUAAGACAAGGUACAGUCCAGAAGGGGGAAAAGCCAACGUCGAGUUUUUUUUUCCAGAUAUCUCCAGUUGCCAUAUAAUCCAGUGGUGCUAAAGCAUAUCAUAUUGACCUUUGACCUCUUUUAUGAUUAUGCAUUUCUUUUUAAAAAUUUAAUUGGCUUCUUACGCUCUUAACACAUCUGUUGGAUGUACUUUAAUCAAAGUAUGUUUUGAAUGUUUGGUUUUAGGAAAAAAAGGAAAAACUUCGCACAGAAGCAGAAUCAUAUCAGAUAAGUUCUGUGUUUUAAUUAAGUGUUUAGAAUUUUUUAUACAAUUGUUGUUCAUUUUCCAAUGGUAAAUAACCAAACCAUUUGUGAUAUGUUAUCUUUUCACUCUUUUUACUACGCAAUUUGUUUAAGAUAAUCGGGGCUAAGAAAGACAUUUUAUGAUAAUAUUUGCUUUUUUUGCUUAGAACUUUUAGCCGCACUCCCAGGGCUGCUGUAUGGGGCUAUUUAUAGCUAUAUAGGUCAUGACCUCUUGUAGAAACACAGUCAUAGUCAACAGAAAUCUUGAUCUCUUUAUUAUGGUGCAUAUGUAUUCAUUAUUAUAUAUAUAUCCUGUUUGUUUUGUUAUUUCGUCAAGAUAAAGAGCUGACCUGACUUUGCUUCUACAAGAGAAAAUUAUUUUAUUCAGAUGGCCAAUGUACAUAACAAAAAAAAAAAACGCACCCAUCCUUGGCUUGAACAUAUAGUCUAUGAAUUGAAUGUUUGCGUCACAUAUUUUAAAAAAUUGUGAAUCUAUAUUUAGAGUCGUUAUAGGUCUAGUUUAGUUUCGUGAACUGUUGUAAAAUUAUAUAUUUUGAUGAUAUGAAAGUGCAAUUUUAUAAGGUGCACACUAAUACUGUUAUAUGAACAAUUUUUUUUUUUCAAAAUGUGCCAUAUAACUUUUUUUUCUUUUAAUCUUUUAAAAAAAGAAAAAAAAUUGAAAGAUGCUGACUCGGAUGUCCCAGUAAAUGCCACAUUUAUCAGUUCUGUCAAGCUUUGAAAUGGUUAGCCAUGUUGGAGAAAUAGUGCUAUAGUUGGGCAAUGAAAUCCCGCUUUUGACCUUGAUCCUGGUCAUUGACCUUGACCAGGUGGGAGUUUUAUAGUGCUAUUUCCCAUGUUUUUUUGGUAGAGGGGUUCUGAACCUCGUACACCAGUUGUAGCUAAGAGCUAAGUAGUGCACCAGACCUACACAAAUCUUGCAGCAAACGUGUGCCAUAUUCGGAAAUGCAUGUAUUUUACCUUUUCCCGAGGUUACCUAUAUACACCCCCCUAUAUUAACUGCUAACAUGAAAUCUAUUACAAAUUCUUCCAGAAAACUGAAAACCUAACCAUAUUUUUUUUUUAGUUCAAAUUAAUAUUAUUAUUAUAAUGUAUGUUUCUAAUUGUGAUCAUAUGAUUGGUGCAUGUUGUCAAGUCAUGUGACUUAAAUAAUUCAGCCAUUUUUGAGAAUUUUUCAUGAUGUGAUUUUUUGUGUGUGUUUUAAUUAAUGAUCAGUGUGGAUCAGAAAGAAACUUGUGUUCAUGUAAAUAUAUAAAUGAUAUAUAUGUAGUGUGUAUAUUUUAUUGUCUCAGUACCAAAUUAUACCAAUACUAUUUCUCUUAUUAAUAAGAAGUGGGUGUUACUACUAGCUGGGAGUUUUUACAUAGCUCUUUUAAUGGUUCUAUUUUCUGAGUUUCAAGGGCCUUUUUUUUUUAAAAUAGAAAUUCUUUUGUAAGUGAGAAGUAAAGGACAGGGUACAGAAAACUAGAGAAGGGAAUCCAGACACAUUGAGGUUUUUGUAGCAUAAUAAUUUUUCUCAUCUGUUAUAUAUCUAGUUUCACUUUGAAUAAUGGCAUGUUUAAUUUACUUUCACUUUAAUUAGGAGAAGAGCAGAUAUAUGGUUAUUGUCAUAUUUCCAUUUUAUAAACCAUAUAAUCUGUCUGUCCAUUGUUAAUUUUUGCAUUUUUCUUGUUGCAGUUAAAAGAUAUAUGAUUGUUUCUUAUAAGAAAAAUAAUUGCUGAAUUUUUUUUAAAGGAGUUUAUUAUUGAAUUAACUUAUGAGAAAUAGGUUGAUUGCAUGCAAUCUGAAAUCAAUGGGGCAUAUGACCUACAAAUAUGUACACAAAGUAUGCCAACAUUUUUUCAUAAACUACAAAGGGAUUGAUUCACUGUUUCAUUAUUUGUGAUAAUAGUAUUCAAUUUUAAUAUUUACUUUGUUAUGUGACUUGUAAUGAAAUUUCAUCAUCGUGUUAACAAUUUUUAUCAUCACUGAAAAUCUUUGCUCAUAGGUCUAAAAACACCACGAGGCAUUACUUAUUUUGAUCCUUACACGCUGUGUAAAAUAUUGUGAAAAAGGAGGCAUUCUGAAUAUUUUUUUGAUAAUUUUUCGUGCAGAAAAGCAGAGGUAUUAGAAAUAGACUAUGAGCAAAGAUAAUUGGUGGAGAUUGUGCAAGUUCUGUGUUUGUGAUUUGUACAGAUUAUUGAAGGGUGUGUCAGACACAUGAAUGAAUAUGCAGAUUAAGUUUUGCCCAUAUAUGGACAUUUUAUAAAACUGAGUUUAUGAAUGGACAUGUAAUGUUCUCUCAAGAUAUUUUUCCACUCUAGUUUUAGGUUUGUGUUGAGAAAUGUAUUUUUUCUAGUUUGUAUCAUGUAUUUGUAGAUUGAUAGUCAAAAAAAAAACGCAAACUGUGUAUUUUUCAAAAAAAUGGACUCAAAUCAUUGCCUUGAAAACUAGAAACAUUUACUCAGUAUUGAGAUGUCAGUAUUCUUGCUAUCCAUAAACCAUGAAUUACAUGUAGUGAAAUUAAAUUUUUUGUUUUAACUUCGAAAUUUUUUGAAAAUUGAUUCUAAGAACUGAUGAAAAAAAAACCUCCAAAAUGAUUUGAGUCCUGUUGCUUCACAUGUAAUCUAUGCUGAGGGUUAAAUUUGGUGUCCUGGCAACAUGAUAGAGCAAAAGUAACAUGUGUGCCCUACUUAACCCAUCAGUAUGAUGUCAUCUGCAGCCUGCAUAUUUACAAUAAGACCAUGCUUUAACAAGAAAUACUGGAAUUCUGUAACCAUAUUCAGCAGUGGUCCCAUUAGUAAAGCAGUGUUGCUCAGUGUUGUUACCCAGGCACAAAUGUUGCUUUUGCUUUGGCAUGUUGCUGUAGCUUUCUAAGGGUGACCUAGUUUGAUGCUUAAAUGACAAGCUUUGUGUGAGCCAUGUAUUUGCAGAACUGUAUGACAGUUCACAAGCCAGCGGACAGACAAACUUCAUCUUAUCUCAAAAAAAAUCUUCUUUUUUUUUCUUUCCUUCUGCAGAUAUAACGAUUUCUGUUUAUUUUGUAGUAAAAAAAGAGACCCUUUUAUUCCAUGCUAUGUGUCCUUAUCCACACACAGAUUGUGUUUUUAUUGCAUGAAAGUAUAUGUAGACUUCAUUAACUCUCAUUAAGAGUCUAUUCCGGUGAUGGAUUUUAAAUUGUAAAUUUUCUUAGCAUUUUUAUCGUAUGAUACAUAUAUAUUUACAUCUAUAUAUAUUAUAUAUUACUUGGUUUAGAUUAUUUCAGACUGUGUAAAUUUUGGUCAUGCACCCCCGGGUCACUAUUUCAACUGACGCUAUAUCAUGUAGAUACGCUUGUGCUUUUGUGCUGGGCGCGGUCUCGUUUGAGAUCCGCCCCUCCAUUUGCUUUCUAUUGUGUUUGUCUGCAUAGCUUCGGAGGCUCUUAAAGAGACGCCAUUUACCAAACUCAAAAAUAUAAUCCAAAAUAUACCAUACUGUGUUGUCCUUUAUUGUGUGUGUAUAUAUAUAGUAUCUCACAUCUUCUGGUUACUGUUGCCAUAGUAACAUGUAAAUAGUUUCUAUUGAAAUCGUUUUUUCCCUUCAUUGUCUGAGUUUUCCUUAUAAUUGUUUUAUUUUCUCAUGUUUUGGCCACUUGGACAACUUCAGUAAUGAACGCUAAAAUAUCGUGCAAGCUUUUUUUUUUCCAAAAAAAGAAGUUUUAAGCCAAACUGGUUCAAAUUUCAAUCUGAAGUCUAGUUCCUAAGGAGAAAAAAACCUAUUCUUUAAGACAGAAAAUGUGAGAACCAAAGCAAUUAGGCAUUGAAUAGAUGGAAUUGAAAUCCUACGUCUUUGUGAUGUUUCUUUAAUUUACCGGUGAUUUUCUUUUAAAAAACGCUGCCUAUCUUCGUCUUUUGAAUCUUGACUCAAGGUGAUUCGCAUUUAACACUGCACAGCUUGCGCUGCCAUUCUAGUUAAAAGUUACAAACUUUUUGCCAUUUCUAUAUAUAUUAUAUUUAACGACACUAACUGUCGCUAAACAGUUCAAUAACACCCUUUGGCUGAGCAGAUGAACAAUUGGCCAAUCAGAAGCUCUGUUCUUAUUUGGUGCUGAUCAUUAAAAUGGUUUCUCAGUACACAAGUUUGGUUCGUUUGUUUUACAAGGUGCUAGAUAUUUUAUUAUUAAAAGAAGAAGAAAAAAAUAGAUGAUUGAAUGCAAAAAGACAAAUAAAUUGUGAAAAAAUGCACAAACGUAUGGAGACGCUGAACAUGACUGAGAAAGUGUUGUUGACUAAAUGUUGGAAUCAAAUUGGGUGGAUAUGGUGAUCUUGUGUAUAUCCCAAUUUGAUUCCGACUCGUCUCUGUAGUACUAGACAAAGCCUUUUUGAGUUGUUGCACUUCUCGUUACGUUGGUGGCACAUGGAGGUAUUUUGGGGGCUCAUACUAUUACGGCUUUUUUAUACAGGGCUGAGCAAAGAAGCUUCAAUAAACGUUGCUUUUUUGAAUUACUGCGCUAUGUCUGUGCAAGAUGUUUAUAGUUCUUGCUCUCAUGUAUAUCCAACUUUUUUUUUUUACCAAAAGGGAUAAUUUUGCUUUUUUUAUACUUUUUAUCAAGCACCUAGCAGGCAAUAUAAUUUUUAAAGGAAAUAAUGACCCCAGUUCACUAACUUUAGUUGCAUUUUUGUAGAGUUUUUUCUAAGAAAGUGUUAUAUUUUUGUUACAUAUGAUCUCAGUUGGUGCUAAAUGUUCCAAGAAUUUGUAAAUUGGAAGAAAAAAAUGAUCUCGAUUUUUUUAGUGCGUUUCCCGAAAUAUUUCCUAGUGCCAAGGAUGUAAUGGGUAUUGUGAUAGUACUUAACCAUCUUUUCGCCUGUUGGCUGCUAGGUAAUCUUUAAUGCUGGGCAACCAAUCACAAGCUUCCGCUGCUUCAAAGUAUCCAAUCAAAUGAUUGGUCUGUAGCCGGAACUAGCCAAUCCCAGCAUGCCUUAGAUUUGCACUCUAAAUUGCCGCAUUUAUAAGUGUUCGUGUUGCGAUAAUAUAUGGGAGAAGCCAAAGGCUUAUGUCUUCCAAGUCUUAUGUCAUAAUUUUUUUCCUAGAGUUAAACUCGACAAAAGAUCUUUAUAUCAUUAUUUAUGGACAAAAUGUGAGUGAUGAUUUCAAGGAGAGUCGCAAUUGUUUAUGAUUUUGUUACGAGAUAUUUGUAAAUAGAUAUUUUUGGUUUAUGGAUAUUCCUUUUUUUCAAUUCCAAGAAAAUAAGUUCAACAAGUUGUUGUAGUCAAUAAACUUAUUUUUAAAUUGAAA